AGCUGCCAGGAGGAGGUGGAGCAGAAUGAGCCAAGUUUCUUUGCUUAGGCUGCAUUUAAAAAUAAUUCACUACUCCCGACCUCUGCUUCUCAGCCCGGGCUGAUUCCAUCAGCGAAAUGAUUGGGACGGAGCAGCAAUGAGUUUGACCUGAGGGAUUGUCAUUCUGGCUAUUUUUAUUUUUGAAAAUAAACUUCAGUAUCCCCACCUCCAAGGUGUAGCUCUGUACUUGGACUCAAGCCCCUUCAGUUCAGCUAUUCCUUCCCCGGUGUCCGUGAUCUGCAGAUAUGGGUCUCAAGGCAGCUUUACCCAAAGCGGAGCUGUGUCUCUAUGUCCUGGUGUUAUCCCUGGCCAUUCUGUGGGCAGCGAGCUGGAUCUGUGAAGCUUCAGCAGAAAACAUGAGCCGGCGAAGCUUUAAAAGCAGUGUCAAGCAAGGCUGGGCAUAUAUUGGUCGGAAAAUGGAUGUUGCUGACUUUGAGUGGGUUAUGUGGUUCACCAAGUUCCGAAACUACAUUCUUUUCGCCUUAUCCGGCCACGUGCUGUUUGGUAAAGCUAUUUCCAUGACGGUUCCUCAGCACAGAUCCUUGUAUUUUAUGGCCUAUGGGAUACUGGCAGUUCUGGCUACAAUGGGGGUCUCAUACCUCAUGCUGAUCCUGGUCCAUUGCAUUCUGCUGUAUAGCAUCGGUUUAGCUAAACAGAAAUGGCUGUGUUUCGCUGCUGGCCUCUGCAGCCUAGCAACAUUCAAAUUGGAACCCAUGAGCUCUUGGCAGACUGGGUUUGUAACGGGUACCUUCCACCUCCAUGAUAUCCUGUUUUAUGGAGGAAGUGAUUUCACCAUCAUGCGAUGUAUGAGCUUUGCGUUGGAAAACGCUGAGAGGAAAGAUGGAAAUUACUCGAUCCUGGACCUGCUGGUGUACAACUUCUACCUCCCUUUCUUCUUCUUUGGACCGGUAAUGACCUUCGAUCAGUUCCACGCCCAGGUGAACCAAUCAAAACUCAUUCGGAAAGAGAAUGAGAUGUGGAACAUCAGGAAGUAUGCCAUUGCGCACCUCACUGUAAUCAUCCUUGUGGAUAUCUUCUUCCAUUACCUCUACAUUCUGACCAUCCCUUCGGAUCUGAAGCUGGUGGCACGCCUUUCUGAUUGGGCAUUAGCUUGUUUGGCUUAUUUCAACCUGGUGUAUGACUGGAUAAAGGCAGCAGUGAUGUUUGGCGUGGUUGGAACCGUGGCCAGACUUGACUACCUUGACCCACCCAAACCACCGAAAUGCAUCACCAUGCUAUACGUCUUUGCUGAAACGCACUUUGACAGAGGGAUAAAUGACUGGCUGUGCAAGUACGUUUAUGAUUAUUUGGGAGAAGACCACGACAACAUCCUGAAGGAGUUGCUGGCGACAAUUUGCACCUUCCUGAUCACUACACUCUGGCUCGGCCCAGAGACCGUGGUCUACAUCUGGUCCGUGUGUAACUGCUUCGGCCUCAACUUCGAGCUCUGGGUACAAAAAUUCUUCCAACUGGAACCCUUUGCUUCCAUUGAGGCUAACCAAAUCUCGGAGGCCAUGUCCCGACGAAUUAGAGGAGUCUUUGGUGCUGCAAACUUCUGGGCCAUUAUUUUGUACAAUAUCCUUUCACUGAACAGUGUUGACUUUGCUCUCCUGGUUGCGAGAAGGUUGUUCCUCACUGGAUUCCCCUGGAGCCUGUUGAGUGUUCUCUUUGUGACAUACUGUGGGAUACAGCUGAUUAAGGAGAAUGAACGAAGGUUGGCGAUGGAAGCUGACAAAGAGAAAGUGGACUAGACAACUCGACAAGAGAGGAAAGCAAAUUAAGAGAGGAAAGCAAAUUGAUCAAGGAAAGCUUUUACUGUGAACAGAUACCAAAUUGACUAUUUAUCACAUGUAGAGAGAGAGUUUCUGAUUGCAGGAACAGGCAAAUUAUCUAACUAAAUUAUAACAACAUUGAACAGAUCAAUUCCCCCCCUUCCCUCACUUCCUGCACUGUGUGUGGGGGAGACACAACUUUUAUAGACUAUGAAUCUCUUGCUCCAGAUGUUCCUGGAGGAGAUCAUUUAGGUUUGAUUGCCUCCAUUUCCAGAGUGUUUUGGUCCCACCUCAUUCAGUCCAACUGUGACUGAUGUCUACUUCCCAAUCUUCAGAGUUGAUAUGAAGGAAACUGUCUCUCAGUCUGACUGAAAAUAAAUCUGUCCCAUCUCUCCGAACGCAGGGUUUCCAGAGAUGGGAUGGACUCUGUGGGACGGGAAAUGCAGACGGGCUCCAAACCUCACUGACACCUAGACCCCACCCUAUAUACACACACCUCAUACACACAC